AUGGCGAUCGCUGAGCUACCCUCACGGCAUGCCUCCAUCCACUGCCGCUCAGUGAUCCACGCCCACGGCUCCCCGCCGGCGGCGGCGGCGGAGACGGUCAAUGUUCGAUCCUCAAUGGAGCUCUCUGGGAAACCUCCUGUCUCUCUCCGACUCUCCAUUGCCUCCUAUUCAGCUAGAAAACCCCUUCCUCAGAUCAUUCGCUGUCACAGAAACCCUAGCUCUUCAUCCUGUGUAUCUUCUUGCUCUGAAGGGUGCUCUGAAGAUACUUCAAAGGAUUUCACUAGUGAUGGAUUGGUUAGACGUGCUAGUUUGGUUGGUGCAGCGACGAUAGUUAGCAAGAUUUUGGGACUUGUUAGGGAGAUUGCUCUGGCUUCGGUUAUUGGAGUGGGGCCUGUAGCAACCGCAUUCAACCAUGCUGUUGUGCUUCCAAGGUUUUCUUCUUCUUUUUUAGGAGCUGUAAAGGGACCCAUUCAUAUCACAGCUGCUACAACAUUGAGUAAGCUUUCAAGUGAAACUAGAAGGCAAUUGACUCAAAAAGUUCAAACUAUUAUGCUCCUGAUUGGAGGUGCAUUUGCUGCUUUGACAUACAUAUUUGCAGAGGACGUCAUUUUUUUAUCUGCCCCUGGCUUAUGGGUGUUGACCAAUGGCCAGCUUAUUAGAGAAAUGGCCAUGACUCAGCUAAAAUUGAUGACCCUUGCAUUCUGGUUUCUGGUUCCCUCAGAAUCGUUCGUUGUCCAACGUGAGUAA